AUGGCCACCGCAACCGCUACCACAACCACUUCCGCGAUACACGGCUUCUCCCUCUUCCCCACCACAGUUCCCAAGAUCGCCAUCCCGAAUCCCCACAAGAGAAAUCCCAGCUUGCACAGGAUUAGCAUGGUGGCGUCACCAGACGAUACUCUGUCACCUGCGGGAGAGUCGGUUGUAUUCAAGAUGGAAGAGGAACGACCACCCUUGCCUCAACUUCCCACGCACUUCAACGAGCAGCAUCGAACACGAGAAUCAACACCCUCGCCAGAUGAUAUCGGCCGAGCAGUGACCACGCACUCGCCUAUAGACGGCCGAACUCCAACUCAGGCUACCUCACCGUCCACAGCAGCAGCCAAAUAUACACCCUCACUUUAUCAAUCACCAGGGAUGAGCCAGUCGUCUCCACAGCCUUCUUCAUCGCUAGGCACAGGAUCAGCUACUACGUUGGUCGCCCAGCCGGCUCCCACGGCAUCAACACCGAUUAACAGGAACAAGUCACCUGUCGAUCCAUCUCCGAUUGUCCCAAUCCGGUCAAUGUUCCCCGUCUAUGAUCCUUCUGUCCCUCUAACUCAGCAAGCAUAUGCUCCACCUAGACCGCUACCAGCGAGGCUGUCGGGCAUGCCACCUUUCGCUGCCCCUGCACGGGAGGAGUACCGAAGUAGUUUGUCGAUGCCUUUUACUGCCGCGGCGGCACCGAGGACAGCCCCUGCUAGCGUCCUCAAUUUCCCUUCAGAUGUCAUGAGUGUGAAUGUCGGCCCACGCGUUUCGACACAGAGGGAGCUAGAGAAGUUAUGGGACGUGUCCCAUGGCACGGAGCCCGGGUGUUCGAUAAGGAGCUUUGAGCUUGAGAUGGCCAGAACGGAGGAGGCAACAUUUGUGUUUGGCUCGCAUCCCUCGUUACCUUUCUACACACUCCAGACAUACGACACCAACGAAAUUGCUGUCAGCAAGACCUGCCCGAAGCGGGUGCCCCCCUCAGCCACAUCACCUUCGUCCGCCGAACCUCCUUUGACACGCGACGUCGUCCUCUGCCCGCUCGAGCCCGCCGAACGCAGGCAGCCACCCAACGACGGCCUCGUGGCUUUUGUCUUCCCCAAGCUCGCGGCCAUGCUGGCAAUCAACCAGUCCGCCGCGCUUGCCAAGCAACACAACCUCGCUCCCACGGACAGAGACGACAUCGAAGCCCAGGCCGUGCGAAGAGCAGCCAAGCAAGAAGCAUGCAGCCUUCGGUACAACGCCAGAGGCGGCUUCUACGAACUUGAACAUCCGGCCAUCGGGCGCGGCGCCAUGGGCGGCGACUUUGCGACCAAAUCGCCGAUCCCCAGCUCCCCUACGACCAUUCGCUCAAUAACGGGAAAACCGGUCCUACACAUCAUUAUCUCCAAAGACAGUCCCCUCCCUUCCAUCCACGUCGUUGACCCUAACGCUUCCCGCCGCGCGGCCGCAAGCAUUAUGACACCCACGACGGCGAACCCAUCGUCAGCAGGACCCGGCAUCCGCCGCUUCUCAACCAUCCCUCAGACGGAAACGUCUCCUUCCUUGGAAUUUCCGCCCCUCGCAACACUGGACCUGACGUCUGAAAUCCUCCACAUCGACGCAAACUCCAUCCUAGAACUUAUGCCGUCUCUCUUUAGCAUCGACUGCGUCGUGUCGGCCAUCAUGGCCGUCGCAGUCGCGGAUGCGACCACAAACCCUGCGUUGGGCAGCAUGGAGGUCUGGAAGCCCCGACCCGCACCACCGUCCCGAUAUGGCGGCCCUGCUACAGGAGCACGCAGCAUCUUCAACGGAGCGGGAGCGCCAGGGAGCGUCCGGCCCGUGGGCACCCGACCCGGGAGCGUGAAAUCCUACGCCGGGUCAGCCUUCUACGCCACCAUCGCCGAGCGAGAAGAGGCCGAGGAGGAGGCCAAGCUGAUGCGAAAAACUCACCGGGAGGAUGUCCGCGCGGCUAGGUCGUCCUCGAAGGCCAAGUCCAAGUCCAAGCCGUCAAGAACAUGGUUUGGUCGCUCUACCUCGGAAGAGACAGACUCGUCAUCCGAUAUCGAGCAAGGGUCAUCGCGGCGCAAGAACAAAAAGAACAAGAACAAAAAGAUCGUCAUGCGUGAGUUCGACCUCGAGAAGCUGGGCCACUACCAAUCCGGCGACCGCAAGGGCGAGGAACUACCCGCCGUGACGAGAGGCGCGAUUGGAGGCCUGGUGAUGGGGUUGAAACUUGUCGUGUGGUUUUUGACGCUCGUGGUCCAAGUUAUUACAUGGUUGCUUGUGCAUAUUACACGCGGUGUUACCAGUGAGAAGUUCUGA